AUGUCCAGUGUCCCCCCAUUAAAAAAAGCGCGCACUAAGUCAUCUUCGCGCAAAGCCAAGCCAUCGAUAUCACAGGCCACCCAAGAUGAAGUCCUCAUAGACUCGGAACCUGCAUCCACUUCCGCAUCCAAAAAUGCCCGGUACGCCGAGCCCUCAUCUCUCGCGGUACACUCUGGCGUCGAGCUCGGGGAAGAUCAAGCAAUGGAAGACCUUGCUGCAUCUCAGAUCGAGGGCGUACUAGACGCUGAUCUUGCGGAGCUCUCUCUUGGCCAGCGUCUCGCGACAAUAUCAGGUGACGCACGCCCCUCCUCAUCAGACUCUGAAGAGGAACAACUCCAAUCAUCACGAAAACAAAAGCAGGACACGCCGAACGUCAUACCUGCACAUUCACUUACUCGGACACUUAUACAAGCGCUCCACUCGUCUGAUUCGAAACUGCUUGAGACUUGUCUUGCGCAUUCUGACCCAGCAAUGGUGCGGAAUACCGUGCGGCGGUUACCGCCCCAGCUAGCGGUCCCGUUGCUCACGGCAUGCGUAGAGCGUCUCGGCCGUGGUCCACGCGCAGCAAGCAUGAAAGGCGGUGGCGGGGGUGCCAGUUCGCAGCGCGGAAUUGGACUUAUUACAUGGGUCAAGACCGUACUUGCAGUCCAUAGUGGUCACCUUAUGACGAUGCCCGACCUCGUUUCACGGCUCUCAGGUCUACACGCGACACUGACUUCCCGGCUGGCAUUACAAGAUUCUCUUCUUUCACUAAAUGGCCGACUAGAUAUGGUGCUCUCACAGAUUGAGAUGCGUUCUUCCGCAGCACCAACAAUCCUCGCACCCCAUAAGAACGGGUUGUCUACAACAUCACAAGGCGAAAGGCAGCCAACAAGAUACGUCGAAGGCGAGAGCGAGGAGGAAGGCAUGGAAGCUGGUGUGGAGAGCGGAGAGGAUGAAGGAAGUGUAGAGGAUAUAGAGCUCGGUGGUGAAAGUGAAGCUGAGGAAACGGACGAAGAGGGGAGUAACGAGGAAGAAGAUUCAGACAGCGAAGGACCUACAUUAAACGGGUUCAUUGAUGAUGAAGCAGAAGAGUUCGAGGACGAGGAAGAGGAUGAUGAGAGUGAAUAG